UCUAACUGACAAGAGUCCACAACGAAGGACAAGCUGCACUUACACCAUCAAGCUGUUGCUGAGUUGCAAGUAUCGCUUAUUAAAAAUAAUGUCGGACUCAAUUAAAAAUGUGGCGAUAUUUGGAGCUACGGGAAUGACCGGACUGGCGACCCUACCACUAGCAGUGGCUGCAGGGUACAAUGUCACUGUGCUGGUGCGGGACCCUACCAAGCUGCCCGCAGACCACAAGGCAUCCAGGGUGGUAGUGGGAGACGUGCUGAACAAAGAUGACGUGAAGAAGACCAUGGAGGGCCAGGACGCCGUUAUCAUUAUCUUGGGCACAAGGAACGACCUCAGUCCAACUACCAUGAUGUCUGAAGGUACCAAAAACAUUGUGGAUGUCAUGAAGGCUCGUGGGAUCCGCAAAGUUAUUGGCUGCAUGUCAGCCUUCCUGCUGUGGGACCGCUCUAAAGUGCCACCCCGUCUGGUUCCUGUGACUGAGGACCACGACAGGAUGUACACAGUGCUGAAGACGUCUGGGCUGGACUACGUGGCCGUCAUGCCUCCUCACAUCGGUGGCGAUCUCCCCCUGACAGAGAAGUACCAGACGGCAGAGAAUAUGCUGAGAGGAAGAGCCAUUUCUAAACACGACCUGGGACAUUUCUUUGUCAAGUGUCUGUCCACCACAGAGUGGGACGGCAAGACAGCGGGACUGUGGGGAGAGUACAAAUAAUCCUAAAUGACAGGAUAGUGUUUUCUUAGUUUUUCCUGUUUUGAUAAACCACUAAUAUUUUCCUUUUAAUAUUUUAUUUGAUGUUGUUAUAUUUUUAUACUAAUUUCAGUUUAACACAUAGGAGAUAUUUUAAGAACCGAUCCUGUACUUGUUUACAUUGCUUUACAUCAAAUCUUUCUUUUAACAUCAACAAUCUUUUGGUAUUGAAGCUUUUAAAUGGAAUGUUUGUCGUGUGAUUCUUUCUGAUGCUCUUUGUACCAGUUGAAAAUAAAAAGACUUUGUUGUACAAAAAGGUGUGGGGAAAGAGUAAAGUCUCAUGUGAAAGAGCAUAACUGCAGGCUAUUUGAGUGAUAAAACAAUUAAUGAUAAUAAUAAUACAAUUAUAUAAUACAAUAUAGUUAAGAGAUAAGAUAAGAUGUUAUUGUUGGGAGAAAUUCAAAUUGACACAGCAGUAUAGUGGAAAAAAGUAGCAGUGUAAGGAUGAAAGUGAUAAAAUAAAUAAAAUAAAAUACUAUAGUAAACUGGAUCUUUGUAUAA